CUUAUUGUGUUCCCCACAUCUUUCAAGUGGUAGUUUUCUCCUAGUUCAUAAAUUUGUUCCCCACGUCUGUUUCAAGUGGGACUGCAUAUUCCAGAUUUUGCACAUGCCAUUCUAGAACUGUAUACUGUAUGUGAUCUCAUAAAGGGAGUGAGACCACAUAGAACAUUUCAUUCUUUUUCAACUAGACUUUCUAGUUCAAAUCUCCAGUGCUCCUUAAGGGGCAGGGGGAUUAACAGCACCUACAUAAGCAAAAUUCAGACAUUUGAAAAGAUGGCUGUAGAGUUGCCUGAAGAACAUCAGCUUAUUGACAAGCUAUCUUACGAGGUUUUUAAGUCCAAAUCUGAUGUUGAUGUGAAACACUAUGUGUGGGGAUUCAGGAGAAAAGACACUGAGCUAUAUGAGUUCGUUGAAACAUUAUUCUACCAUCCUCUGUUCAAAUCAGUUAUGAUCAGCACCAUCACAAUCAAUGCAAUAUUUUUGGCUAUAGAAACAGAUUACAAAGUUCGCUAUGAGUCACAUUUUUUCCUGGAGGUAGCAGAUCUGAUUAUUGUGGCCAUGUAUACAGCAGAGUUUCUGAUGAACCUUUACCUGGAUCCCAUUAAUUACUGGAAGGAUGGUUAUAAGCGAUUUGAUGCGACUGUCCUUUUCAUUGCUUACCUCCCAUACACCAUUAAUAGAAACAACCCGCAAAUGCACCAUACUGCAAUGAUGCUCAAAGGAUUCCAGGCACUCCGGGUUCUCAAACUCCUCUUCUACAGCCCAGGGAUGAUGGUCCUGGUGGCAGCCCUGGCCGAAACUGCAAAAAAUGUGAUCUAUGUUCUCGUGUUGUUGUUCCUGCUCAUGUUUAUCUUUGCAAUUCUGGGUCAUGGUUUGUAUGGAGACCCUGAAAACGGAGACACACGUAACUGGGGCACCCUAGCAGCUGCCUUUUUCACUCUCUUCAGUUUAGUGACUGUUGAUGGCUGGACAGACUUGCAGGAUGAACUGGAUGCCAAAAAAUUUGUUUCAAGCCGGACAUUCACAAUAGUGUUCAUUCUCCUGGGAUUUUUUGUAUUUUUCAAUAUGUUUAUUGGAGUUGUUAUCAUGGAUAUUCAGGGGACAACUGACGAAUAUGAGCAAAAGCUUAAAGCAGACAGGCAAGCUGCUCUGGUGCAAAAAAAGCAGAUCAUUCUGAAAAGACAACAGGACGAAAUAAAGGAAUUACUGAAUCAGCAGAAAUCAACUGAAUAUAGAACCUUUGAUGAAAUGGUGGAAAGCUUUAAGAAAACCCUGCUUCACACAGAUCCCAUGAUCUUAGAAGAUUUUUGUUGCAGCCUGCCAUUCAUCGAUCUAUAUUUGUCAUCCUUGGAUCGUCAGGAUGCCACAAUUUAUAAGCUGCAAAAAUUGUAUUAUGAAAUCGUUGCCGUUUUGACUAAUAUGCUGCAAGAAUCAGAUGAAAACCCUUUGCAGAACCUGCAGACUCGUAGAUGA